AUGAUUUGCUCGGCUGCGAGACGCUACACGCUUCGAGCUCUCUCAAGGGGGGGAGCGCCCAGAACCAGAACUUCCUCUGUUGUGCCGUCGACCUCCAGUGCUGCCGUCUGGUACCGCACUCACAUGAAUCACGGUGGAGAUCCCAAUCUGAAAGAUGUCUCUGCUACGGCGCCAGGACCUCGCUCUGCAGGCAUUGGAUUGGGAUUGGAAGGUGCUACCGGUCUCCACAAUAUCCUUCGACUCCUGGAGAGUUCUCAUGGACCACACGCCGUGGCGCUGCCAUCAUCGCAAGGGUUUGCCUGGCACCCAGAGGCGAAAAUCUGGACACACAAUGACACGGAGGGGUGGAUACUCACCAGUAUCGACAGUAGUAGUACGGAACAACAAAGUAGUCGCACAGCUACCAUGACGACUCCAUCGGUACAAUGGCUGAUUUUUUCAGAUGCCAGAACCGCACUGGCCAAAGUCAUGGGCAUGGAUGGAUUGCCCCGUUAUUUGUCCAUUUUGCAACUCGAUGAACACAAACCGCACAAUGACGGAUGGAGAAUUGUGCGAGAAGUCAUUAGUGCUGGUGGACGCAAUUAUCCUUCCAAAUCCUUCACCCAGUUUAUUGACGGUGGGAGUAGUGACCACGAGACGCCGCAAGACUGGCAAGCUCCGGCCGGACACUUUUUGGAAAUUCCAAUGACCACCUAUUUGGACGGGGUCCUCACGCAGACUAUUCACGGGUUUGAAGCCUCUCAACAUGACGAUAUUGUAUCCAUUGAUGUCCUGCCCUGUGGAAAUGCCGCGGCUGCCGUCGUAAGAGUUGGAAAUGGAAAUCAGUCACAAGUCUUUGAAGAUCAUUUGCUAUUGGGACGAUCCAAAGGUGUAGAGGAUUGGAACUAUUGGCGCAUCUUAUCCAAGACGUUUUCACCCCAUCCAUGGCCACAAGAUGAUGAUGACUUGAAUAGUACUACGUCGAAGACGACGACAAUAUAA